CGCUCCUCGUACAAUGUUACGUAUGUAGGUAUAUGUACCGCAAACGUUUGUGACCGAGUAAGAUUUAUAAUUAUUUCAACUCAAGUACAGUAAUUGUCAGUACUAAACUAUUAUUUUAAUCAUGAACCGAUUUUAAGGGCUUCAUAAGGUUAGGCAGAAAAUUGUUUUGAUUUGAAAAAUGUUUAUUAGAACUUUUUCGUUGACAAUUAACAGUCACAUCAGACGUAUAAGCACAAAUUUAAAUCACCAAAGGUUUAAUCAAGUUCCUCCACAAGAUCCAGCCCUCAAGGAAAAACUCAAAACUACAUUUAAUUAUGUGACCGCUAUUGGAAUUUUAGCUGUUGGAUUAACGUAUGCUGCUGUUCCUCUGUACAGAAUAUUUUGUCAGGCCUUUGGUUAUGGAGGUACAACAGGACAUGAUACAUCUAAAAUAUCUGAUAUGAAACCGAUUAAGCAUAGGGUUUUAAAAAUAAAAUUCAAUGCUGACACUGCUGCUCAAAUGGCUUGGAAUUUUCAGCCUCAACAAAAAGAAAUUAAAGUAGUUCCAGGUGAAACUGCCUUAGCAUUUUACACUGCAAAAAAUCCAACGGAUGUUCCCAUUAUUGGAAUUUCUACUUACAAUAUUGUACCUUUUGAAGCAGGACAGUAUUUUAAUAAAAUUCAAUGCUUUUGCUUUGAAGAACAAAGGCUAGAACCUAAUGAGCAGGUUGACAUGCCUGUAUUCUUUUUCGUUGAUCCUGAUUUUUCUGAAGAUCCUAAAAUGGAAAUGGUGAAUGAACUAGUCCUAUCUUAUACAUUCUUUGAGGCAAAAGAAGGUUCAAAACUGCCUAUACCAAGCUAUAUUAAAAAACUUCACUAAAAAUAAAUAAUAACGAUUGGAGUCAGCUUCGUUAUAGAAUUUGACUUGUUUUUGAAACCACUCAUUUGGUGUAAAUCUUGUACAAAGAGCUGUUUGAGAAGAGUAAGGUGGAUUUCUUGGUAAACCUGUCACCAGGUUUGGAAAU